AUGCCUUCUGAUUGUGCUGAUCCAAGUCCAGUGCAGGAUUACUGCGUUGCGGAUCUGCAACUCCUGUGUGGAAAUUACUUAAGUUGUGAUCUUUCUGGUGAAGAGUUUGUGAUCCCACCAGGAUUAGUACUGCACCUCCAACUCAAAGUCGGGAAAGAAAAUGCAGUACGUUUCUUCACUUCUUUUAACAGUCAGAAUCCUGGGAUUGAUCAGAUUAUUGCACCAGCUUUAUUCGAGUCUAUGCCUUUGAUUCCUGAUCAACUGCUGAUCCAAGACCCCCCCUCUGUGAAUGGUUUCUCUUGCAAGCCUGUCUCUGAUGAUGGACUCAGCAAAGAGGGAAAUACUACUAAUGCCUUUGGAGUCAGCGUCGCACAAGGAAAUGUUUUUGCGUUUCCGGGGCUAAACACCCUGGGAAUCUCCAUGAAUCGAGUUGACUUUGCUCCUGGAGUAGUAGUCAUUGAGGGGAAAGUCCUUGUAGGUCUUGUGACCACUGGGAAUGUAUUCUACUCAGAAGUGUUGGACCUCAGGGCAGGCGUUUCAUGUUUGUGA